AUGGCAUCAUUGGUUCGUCAGAUAUUGAGACACUCACCAGCAGGUUCAGCGAUUGAGAAGUUGGCGUUGGAUGAUGUCGAGGGUGCUGAUCCAGACAUACACCCAACCAAAGUCUAUCCAGUGAUGUUCAGCGGAUACAUCAGCGGCUUCCCAAUACUAUUCUGCAAUCAUGGUGAUUGGUCAACAAGUUGUCUCGAUGGCGCAGAGGUAGUGUCGGUGACGGCCAACGUCACGUACAGCAUCACCUCAUCAGGACCUUUGAGCAAUUUGUCAGCCCCACUGUUCCAAUUCAUGUAUCCAGCUUCAUUGGCGCAGUUUAUCGAGCCCACUGUCGUCCAAUGGCGCGAAACAUUCAUGGACAAGUGGAACAAGGUGUCGACGGCGAGCGAUGCACAGGCCCAGACACAGUCGCCUAAUGCCAGAUAUCUCAAUACAUUGACGAUUGACACGAAAACAACCAUAUUGUACAGUGGACCCACGUACGUUAGGCCUGAUGUGAAGGCCAUGUUGAAGACUUCAGGUAGGAGUUAUAGUCGCGCUCUUGGUACUUUCGCAUCGAGCGCUGAGCUGCCAACGCCAUUGGCACACCUAUGCUCGCCACUGCCUGACACCAUCAUGCUAGGCAUCAUCAUUGGCAUUCUGUGUGGGGCUUGCUCCCGUAGCGAGUACCUGUGGCGAUGGUGUCAGUCAUUGUCGCUGGUCUCCAAGAAGUGGCACCAAUACAUCAGCAAGAGAUUCAACGAUCGUCUCGUCAUCAAGUCGGCCAUAUCACUAGUUGACUUUAUCCACCACCAUAAACAUAUCGAUAGGAGUGAUGAUCAAAGUAUGGAAUCAUUCCAAUACUUCCAAUAUCAUCGAUCAAAGAUAACAUCCUUGACGAUUAGUGGUGUCGCUCAUACAAUGAUGCUGAAGCUAUACAAGCACGAGUUGUCAUCUGGACUGUUUGGCAGCUCACUGCAUACACUGAUGGCCCCUGCACCGUUCAUCGAGUACAUCACCAGGUUCUGCACACAGCUGGACUCGUUGACAUCACUCACCAUCAUCUUGGAACCUGACACUGACAUACCAGCAAUGGAGAAGAUCGUCACACGUAUGGCCAUGGCCAUGUCAUGCCCCAAACAAGAUCAGCUAGGCAUCAAGAAGUUGAGAUUAUGCAUGAAAUAUGCGGAACAGGAUGUGUUUGAUAAACUGCGACCAUUCAUCUUCCACCCGAUCUUUAGUGAUCUCCAAUCGCUUGGCAUCUGUAUUAGCAAAGGAGACGAGGAGAUACAGUUCAGUGCCCUAUUCACUGAGCUUCCCAAGCUCACAGAGUUGGAGUCACUGGUGUUCAACUUUGACCGGGAGGAACAAGUACUGUUCUCUGAGCCCUGUCUGGCCUAUCUCAAGCAGGCCAUCUUGGGUUUGAAGUGUUUGACAUUCCCAUCACUCGACCUCUGGACUCACUCAUCAUGCACGUGA